AUGUUCUCACCUGAAGACCGUGACUUGAGUACAGAACCGUUCCACUGUAACGCUGAUGGCUGUAAUUUCCAUUGUGACAAUUGUGAAAGAAUGGUUGAACACAUCAGAGAGCACCAUAACACUGACCCCAUGAUCAAUACAUUUGAAACAACAGAAGACACAUUUAGAAGAAUAACGGCCAUCAAAAUAGACAAGACAGGCAUCGAAGAACUUAACCCUCUAAAAUACAGAUGCUCGUAUUGCGACGAGUUAUUCACCGAAGCAGAAGAUCAUGCCAUCCAUAUGAUUUCACAUCUCACAGAAAAAUUAUCACCAGAUAUAUCUUUCUUUUUCAACGACAUUUUACGCCUUUACAAAACUAUCGACAAACCAACAGUACAAAAUUUAUUUCCAGAAACACAAGUCGCAAUUUUUGACACACUUGAAGAAGAAACAAACAGAUUCAGACUUAUCGUAGGAAGAGAAGCCAUAGAAACAAUUGAAGAAGCAUUCCCUCCAAGUCCACCAGGAACAGAUCGGAAACCAUCCAUAAUCAUCACAGACACCUGUCAACUCAGGUUUGUACCAUGCAUGGAUGAACCACCAAAAGGAGAUCUCGGAAUUCUGACUCUACUUUUAAGAGAUUUCAGCGCACACAAUAUCCCGAUUAAAUCACUGAACAAUAAGGAACUAAUUGCUGAUAAAGACAUCGAUUACAGCCCAGAUUUUGUCGAAGGAGCUCUAGCCAACGCAGAAGAACAUGAUACAACGAACAGCCAGAACAACAAUGGAAGAUACAUUAACUCAGCCGAAAAACUUACAGAAUUUUUAAUACAAUGUGAAGACUACUUAACGAACAUCAAAACACUUGAAGACUUAGAACGUUUCUACACAACGAUUAAAGACUACAGAGUCAACAAAGAGGUUAUCGCCGAAGAUACACCAAUCUUUGUAUAUUUCCUAGUAGAAGAAGGGAAAUUACCAAAACCAGGUCUUAGAUGCCCACUUGAAUCAUACGAAGGACACGAAGACAAGGCAUUCGAAUCACUGAGAAAACUUUGCGACCACUUCAAAGGAGAAAUCGCGAAAACGAGCUUUGACCCAAAGGUUCACACCAUAGACAUCUGGGUUGAAUUUUUGGCCCAAGCCUAUGGCACAGGCACGUUUGUCUACAAAGAUGAAAACGGAAACAUCGACCUUGAUACGCACGUAUUCAAAUGCCCUUAUGCAGACUGCUCAUACACGAACAACGACAGAUCAAAACUCAUGGACCACAUGAAAACGAAGAAACACGCCAAGAACGUAUACAUCGAGAGAUACGGCUUCUUUUGGGGUAUUGUCAUAGAAGGAGUCAACCGACCAAAAGGAAUCGUCUACCCGACACUCAAAGACAUCAAAGAACACGCUUGUCGCAAAUGUCCAGAAGCAGGAUGCAACACAUAUGUAACAGAAUUGAGCGACAUCAAAGAACAUCUAAAGAAGAAACAUAAGUCUACAACAGCAGGAGUAGACGGAGAAAUCGCGCACACUGAUGCUACAUACUGCUGGAUUACCAAAGAAGAACUCGACGCAUUACAUGCCGAGAGAGCAAGAGAAAGAGCAGAGCAAGUAGACAACACUCCAGUACAACAGAUAAUUAAUGCUGACAACAAUGAAGAGAACAACGAGAACCAAGAAGACAACGGAAACAACGAAGAAGCAGAUGCCCUCGACCCGCCAAAUAACACAACAGAGACAGAAGAUGAAGCGGUUCAUGCCGUCAUCAUCAAUCCACCAGCAACAGAAGAGGAAGAGGUAGCCAUCAUCGCCGAGGCAAGAAGAAACAUUCCAGAACUCCAACAAGCAGAAGAGAGAGGCUGCGUUACACCGAAAAUGACAUCACUCGUCCGAUUAAAACUAUUGAAAGGAGGAGGAGAACUUUUCAACAAGAAACUCACUCCAUUAGCCACAAGAUACGCAGCUACAGGAAAUACAGAAGCAGACAAAAUCAAGGUAGAUUACUUGACACUAAAAUGCAAUGCCGCCUUGAGAGAAAUGAUCUACACCAAUAACCACAGCGAACCAAAGUUUAUGACAGCAGAAAAUGGAGAAGACACAGGAGAAGACACAGCACCACCGCCAAGGAUAUCGGAAGACACAAGAGAUCGCAUUCAAAAAGCAGCCAAUGAAAUAAAAGGAACUCUCAUCAAAGUAGUCAAACACAUAAGUCACGCGAGAUGCCUCAAAGACAGCACGAGAGACGAUGAACACAAUAAAUUCGUCGAAAUGAUUGCAAAAAUCAAAAACGAUCUCAGAGAUAACAAAUUCGAACAAUAUAACAUUGAAGAAAUAUUUCAAGGACCGAUCUCCGACCAGAGUAUUCUCAACAUCGUCAACAUGGAGGACAACAACGAAUUCAUCAAGAAAAUGGAUUACAUUAACCGAAUUCUCGGAACACCACAGGAUGCAUCACCAUAUGCAAGGAAGAAGUUACAAGCAUGUUUCGCCGAUAACCCAACAAAGACUCUCAGAAACAUAAUCUUAGCCGACAAAGUUCCACAACAAUCAUUGAAGCCAAGCGAAUACCUUGAUUACUACGGACCUCAAUGGGCAAACGAAGCUGAAGGCUACGAAAACUUCCUGCAUCAUGACUACGCGUUACCGGAGAGAUAUGGCCAAGCUUUCGCAAACGACUUCCUCGACUUCAUGACAAAUGAAUCGAAGAUCAUCGAAGUAAUCCGCAACAAGAAUCAUUUAUCGGCACACGGCCUCGAUGGAAUUCCGAACUCAGUUUACAUGCUAUUCCCAGUCAGCGCCGCAAAAUUCCUCAGUAUAUUAUUCAGAUCAAUCAUCAUAUCAGGUCACAUCCCAGACUGCUGGAAGCUCUCCAAGACAGUGAUGCUUUUUAAGAAGGACGACCCAUCGUUAGCAAAGAACUGGAGACCAAUCGGCAUCACGUCAUGCACUUACAGAAUCUUCAUGACUUUAGUCAACAAAGCGUUACAGAUGAUCCCAAUGUUCCACGCAAUGCAAAAAGGUUUCGUUCGCGGAGCAACACUGAGUGAGCACAUUGCAGUCGCGAACGAAGUCCUUUGCCAAUCAACCAGAACACAGUCUGAAAUGUUCCAAACAGCAAUCGAUUUCACGAACGCUUUCGGCACAGUUCCUCAUCAAUUGAUCUUUGAUUCUCUCGAAGCGAAGAAAGUUCCCGAUUCGAUCAUCAAUCUGCUCAAGGACCUCUACAAAGGAGCAAGAACGGCUAUCUAUACAAGACAUGCACACUCCGAGAUAGUUCCGGUUCGCAGAGGUGUCAUCCAAGGCUGUCCACUCAGUCCAAUCCUCUUCAACUGCUGCUUAGAUCCUUUAUUAUAUGCAGUCCAGAGGAGACACUUUGAGGACGGUUACAGAUUCCAAGACAAAGCAGGACAGUAUUCAAUUGCCAUUCAAGCUUACGCUGACGACGUUCUAGUCAUCUCUCCAACACAUGAAGGAAUGCAAAGAAUCUUAAACACAGUAGAUGAAUUCCAGAAAAUUGCGAAACUCAAAGUUGCACCACAGAAAUGCGUCACACUUGCCAAAACAUCCACUGCAAUCCAACCUUUCCGCAUUGGUCCAGACGAAAUCCCAAUCAAGACGAGCAUGGACAACAUCACAUAUCUUGGAAUACCAAUCUCUGGAACAAAGACAUCAAGAUUUGCAGCUGCAACUGGCAUUCUGGAAAAGGUCAAAGCACAGAUCAGAGUCGUCUUCGCGUCACAUCUCGCUCUCUCUCAGAAGAUUAUCGCUCUCAGAGUCUUCAUCUUGCCACAACUUGACUUUUACAUGUUCCACAACGUAUUCAGAGUCAAUGACUUGAAAGCGACAGAUCAGAUGAUCCGAGGCCUGAUCGACAAAGAAGCGCCGACGUCAAACAUUCCGGUUUCAUUUUUCUACAUGCCGAAGAACAAAGGCGGCUUUGGACUCGUUAAAUUGGAACUUCGCCAGCCUCAGCUCGUUCUCACUAAAUUUGCGAGGUUAUGGUUAAGUCAACAAGCAGAAACCAAAGCCUUCUUUCACACAAUGGCUCAAGAAGAGAAGUCAUUCCGCAAGGUCGUCGAAGACCAAGAAAAUGGUUUCUUAGGCAUCAAGAUGGAAAACGGCAAAAUUGUCCAGAAGAACGAAAGAUCCAAACGCACAAAUUGUUUCAUCACACAGGCGGCUAAAGCAGCAGACAAACUGGAAGUCAGAUUCAAAGAAUGGGACAAAGGAGGCAUACAAGUCAGAGGUGUAGGAGAAAAUGCAACAGACUGGUACCGCUCGAAACACAUCGGCCAAAUCUCACCCUUAAUCGGUCGCGUCAUCCAACAGAGGCAGUACGAGGAGUUCAAGAAAGACGAAACACACUCACACACUUUCUGCGAACCAGCAGCGCUAGCGGAGUCACACGACAUCAUGAAGAGACCACAAGCUGUUCCAAACAACCUCUACUCAGCGGCUAUUGCUCUCCGUACAAACACAGCUCCAACCCCAGCAAACAUGCACUUCCACAACCCAGAAGUUUUGGCUAAUUGUCCAUUGUGCGGAUGCCAAUCCUGCACUCUCUUCCACACAUUGAACAUGUGCAGAAACCGUUUCAGUCUAUACAAAUGGCGCCACAAUAUCAUAUGCGAUGACAUUUACCAAUUCAUUCACGAUCACUAUCCAGGAGUAACCAUCAAAUGCUCGGCGAGAAUUACAAGUGACGGCUACCAAACAACAGGCCCAGAGCUCGACGACACAGUUAAAGAUCUCCUCCCAGACCUUGUUGUCUACGAUGAAGCGAACAAGAUGAUCAAGAUCAUUGAAGUCACAUGCCCUUACGGCACGGACAACAAUGUUGGCAACUCUCUUGACGCGGCAUACGACAAAAAGGUUAACAAGUAUAAGAGCCUUGCUGAACAAACAGAGAGAUUAUUUAACUGGACCACGACGCUCUCAAUUAUCGUAGUCUCAUCACUAGGAGUCAUCCCUCUCCGUACAAAACUCGACGCAUUGAGAAUCUCACCUGCAGAUCACAUACAGCUACUCAAGAGACUUUCGAUGCACGCGAUAGCUGCGAGUGCUUGCAUUGUUUUUGAAAAAGUGCCAGAAUUCUUCGGUAUGCGCUGCCGUCCCCUCCCAGGACGAGUCACAGCUCCCAAUGCAGCGAUCCCACCAAACAACAAUGAAAACAAUAACGACACAGAUCAUGGUCAGGAGAACCAACAGGCAACCUCUGAAGAGCAACCAACCAACAAUGGAAAUGCUCAAGAAGACAAUGGCCAAGGCGAACAAAUAAAUAAUUCAACCGAACAAACUAUCUCUGUUGAUCAAAUCAUCGAAGAAGAUGCUGAGAACAACGCGAUAGAACAAGCCUUAGACCAACCCGAUGAGGACGAAUUCCUUAACUAA